AUGGCGCGACCAAGAUUCCCAGAUUACGAUCUGUACAAAAUCCUCGACGUCGAGAGCGACGCCAGUCUAGAAGACAUCAAGAAGGCAUAUCGGGACCUCGCCAAGAAGUACCACCCCGACAAAGCCGAAGGCGGAAACACGACCGAGAACAACGACCGGUUUCACCGAAUCCAAGAAGCCGGCGAGAUUCUCCGUGACGACGUACUUCGAGCCGAGUACGGUGAAUACCGCGCCAACAAAGCCAAAUACGGCGAAUUCCGCGAUCCGAAUAAGGAAGAUUAUUUCGGGCCUCGACGAAAGCAACGAAGUGAGCGGAAAGAUCGUACUGAUUUCGGCCGAGACGAUACAUACGAACCGAAGCCGAAUCGAAAUAGCAAGCCGUACUAUGAAGACUGGAAUGAGAGUUAUUUCGAUACCGAGCAGGAGUCCGGGGAGGAGGAAUUUCAUUACCAUUUCCACUUCCAAAGCAGCCCGCCGCCAUUCUCCGCGCCAGGUAGUCCACCACCGCCGCGUCCCCGACACCACGGAUCUCGCCCCGAUUUCCACGACCAGUGGAAACCUCGUCAACCUGAUGGUCCGCCCGUUCAACUAAAGAUCGAAGACUACAUUGUAGCCAUGCGAAUCCGAGUCGAGUUGAGGCCGCUAUCUCGACAGCUAGACGCCAUCUGGGCAGACAUCGACAGCAUGAUCCACAGCUUCAUGGCGUCUUUCACAUUCGCGCUCCCGCAGCAACAAAAAUGGCAAAAGAUAUUCCUCGACGUCAACACCACUAUGGACAUCGCCUUUGGCAUGUACGACAAACUCCACUAUCGUCUUCAAGACGUGGAAACCGGUCGAGGUAUGCCACAAGCCGCUGCUCAUCGACUACCGGAGAUGCUCGCCGUCCUCCAAGCCCACGUCACGCGCAUGAAGUACGCUACCACGGCCGCAAGGGUUAUUUUCGAGAACCUGAAUAGUACAUACGAGGUCCAGCACACCCUCUUUGAGGACUUAGCCAUACGGCUCAAGAUGUUCGCUGCCCCCGUUAUUGCUCCUCCCCAUUAA